UGCAACGUUGCAUUGCAGCACAAUACACGAAGAGAUAUCUGUUGGUACGCUGCGCUGGUUACGAGCAAUAUCUGAGCGUGCUCAACGCAUUGACCGCGCACGGGCUACCCCUUUCACUUGUAUUCGCAUUCAACGGAUCGAGCGGAACGCGAGUGCGCCUUUCUCCAUAUUCUCAUCUCUGUCUAACGCGCGGCAACAGUGGUGCAACGCAGGUGGUGGGCAGGCGCACGCCUCUCGCGGGCCGUGGCAGCAGUGCCGCUGUUCCCUCGACUACAUCCGCACGGAACCGACGCAGCCGCGCUUGGAUGAACUACCGCGAUCUAACAUGAAGUCCAAGCCGCCGCACUACGUUGACGCCCCGUUCAGGCCCUGGCCCCCGUUGUCACGCCAGGUCCAACCUAACUUUUAUUUCCGACCGCCGGACCCAAUGGAUUUGAGAAACUUUAAAACCGCAUCAUCGAAGGGUUCCACUUACUCGGAUUUCUCUGCAAUGAGUGCGUACAGCAACAAAUCGCGGGAUUACUACUUCUUGUCGCCGAGCUAUAGAUCGGCUGGUGCUCCGACGCCGAGCAGCCACUCGGACUACUAUCACGGGCGUGAGAAACCGCGCCACAUCCGACACCCUAUCCCAGCUCCUCCGGCUGCGUGUCCUUGCAGUCGAUCACGUUCCCUGGAGGACGUCAGGACAGAGGUCGUCACUGAAUGGGAAGACGACGACGAGAACGGUAACAGAAUAGUAGCACCAGCUACAAAAUUCAACCGUACCUCAUAUAAAACGAACACAACUUUCCAAAAGCAAGGAUUUCUCACGAGACAUUCCAUGGAGAAUCUUGUCGACAGACCUCAAGUUCUGCCACCAAAGCGUGUCUCCGCUUUUCAGGCCCAAACCAGAAAUGGUAGCCACCAGAGCGCUCCGCUGUCAGCGCCCAGUGGCAUCGCGGGUGCCGAGGUAAACGGCUCCCGACCCACCUUCAAACCCGUCACUGUGCUAGAGGACCUUCAGGCAGUUCGGUGCGCCGAAUUCCACCCCAACGGAAAACUAUACGCAGUCGGAUCGAACACGAAAACCCUUAGGAUAUGCACAUACCCGAAGAUUGAGGAAAUCAAGGACUACAACAACCCCACGGCCCCGACAGUUCUUUUGAAGCGGACGAAACACCACAAAGGAAGUAUCUACUGUCUUGCGUGGAGCCCGGCGGGGGACCUGCUCGCCACCGGCUCCAACGACAAGACCGUGAAACUGAUGCGAUUCAACAGCCACACUUGCAACCUUGAGGGGCAGGAGGUCGAGCUGACGAUGCACGACGGCACGGUCCGCGAUGUGUGCUUCAUCGAGGAUACGUCGAACAAAACGAGCCUGCUGGUCAGCGGCGGCGCCGGCGAUUGCAAGAUAUACGUCACGGACUGCGCCACCGGCAACACCUUCCAAGCUCUGAGUGGUCACUCCGGUCAUGUCCUGUCGCUGUAUAACUGGGGCGGAGCCAUGUUUGUGUCCGGCAGCCAGGACAAGUCCGUCCGCUUCUGGGACCUCCGGACAGGCAGCUGCGCGAAUAUCAUCUCCCCGCCCGCCGGACUUUCAAAUAAGAGCUCAGCGGUGGCCUCGUUAGCGGUGGACCCGAGCGGGCGGCUGCUGGUGUGCGGGCACGACGACGGCUCGUGCGCGCUGUACGACGUGCGCGGAUCGCGCGCGCUGCAGCGGUUCACGCCGCACGCGGGUGACGUCAGAAGCGUGCGCUUCUCCCCCGGUGCUUACUAUCUGCUCACGGCUGGCUACGAUGGGCGGGUGGUGCUAACUGACUUGCAAGGCGACUUAACCUGCGCCCUGCCAAGCGUGCCCGUGGCGCGGCAUCCGGACAAGGUGAUAUCGGCAAGAUGGCAUCCAGACGAUUUCUCCUUCCUUUCCACCUCGGCGGACAAGACAGCCGUCCUCUGGACCAUACCGCCAGUUUAGUAUGCGUACGCAAUACGUACGGCACCCGAAACAUACAAUACGCGACUUUGUACCGACCCAACGACAUUACGUUAAAAUAAAAGUCUAAAAUUAUUAAAAAAACAUUCGUUAAGUAGCGGCUUUUCAACGUCAUCGCGUACGCAAAUGUUCGUAAUUUAUUUAUAUUGUUGCUAUAUUGAAUUUGUAUUAUGAACUAGUGUCGUUAAAGCCUCAUCUCAUUUGUGUUUAGCUUAUAAGGUAAAUGUUUUACGUAAUAUCUAAAAAGAGGUUAAUAUAACUGAUAAAAACAUAGAUUCUUGCUAACACAAUAAUACUCAUCUUUUAUUAGACUAUUGUCGUCACACGUAUAAGUCGUGCUAAGUGAUAUCCGAAUUGAGGAUAAUUUGGUAUUUGUUUUUUUACGAGGUAAGAAAAACAUCACAUUAGAUACAACGAAUCAAAUUGUUUAUCUGGACUAACCGUAACACUCAAACAUCGGUGGAAAUAAUUAAAAAUUACAGUGAGCUCUGAAAAAUCUUAUAGUGUUUACUUUAAGUAUAUCUCGAAUAAUAUGUCAAAAUUAGUAUCAAAAACAAUUAAUCGUUUAAGUUAAAAGAGUGCGAGGUUUUCUUUUCAAGAUAAAAAUCAAACUAAUAAACUUAGAAGAAUCUGUAUAUUCGAAGCUAAUACAAUCGUUUGGCGGGCAGCAAUUACGUAGGUACCUAUAGAACGCGAAACCGCCUCUAAGUUAUUACGUAUUGCAAUAUAAUUUAACGGGCUUUAAAAUGUGAUUACUGCGGGGCGUUUUGAACCUCGCUCAAACUGCAAUCCCGUAUGAGAGCUUUAAAAUGAUGGCCCGAUGGUAUGAUGGUAUUCUAUUUAUUAAUCAUUCACUUCACAAAGUGCGAACAAAGGACUGAAAUAAACAUAUACUUAAAAACAUUUGUGUAGAAUAGAUAAUGGCCGAACAAAAAAUAUAAGGGAUAUUCUGCAUAAUGUGACUGCUCCUCAGACGGAAAAAAUCUUUUCAGCGAUAAAUAAUCGUUAAUUUAAUUCAAUAUUGAUCCCGUAGAAAGUGUAGCGUUUUAGCAGUAGAAUCAAUUUUAUUGUGUGUGCUCAUUAUGCAGCAUCGCCCUGUAUAGUCGAUGUCGACUAGGCUGAACUCGUCGUUAACGACAGCCGAUUACAAAUACUUAUUUAAACCAAUACAUUUUAUGUAAAUAUUUAAAAAAGCAAAUAGCUGACGAGUGAUUAAAAUGUCACAAUUAGUGAAUAUUACAUAAUACAUACAUACUCUUUAGAACCUAUUUAUUACGUUUAUGAUAGUAUCUUGUGAAACGAGUAAGUCUUUGAUGCUCCUGCAAAUAAUGAAAAUAAAGUAAAAAUACACCCAGUGGUUCAGUACUACUAACUGCUACAAAAACUUAUCUGAUUACAAAAAUAUGAUUCAUUUCUAAACUGGUACAAUUAAAAUGAUAAGAGGAUUGGAAAUAUGAUUGUGAUUUUAAAAUUAAAAAGGAUUGUAGAAGGGUUUAAGUUCUGUUACUUUUAUAACAAAAGUGAUUAAUAAGUUGCUCA